CCGCGCUUCCUCCUCCGACACCGCCGCUCCGUGGCGCAGAUUCCGCGCGCUCUGCCCCGCCGUGGAGCGCUUCCUGUCGGCCGCCAUCGAGCUGCGCAGGCGCCUGGGGAGUUUGUGUUUUCCGCUCCGCGUCGCUUCUCCGUGCAGCGCGGCAGACUCCAGCGCGGCAGCCGGAGAGCAGGCGAGCCCGGCGGACACCAUGAGCAGCGAGCAGCCGCCGCGGGAGAUCAGCGCUCCGGUCACCAUCACCGUGGCCAUCCAGGCGGCGGAGGAGGACGAUGAACCGGACGAGGAGCCGUCCUGCAACACCAUCGAGCUCCAGACCGGCAGCGGCAGCGAGGACGAGCUCGGCAGACACGACAAAUCCAGUGGCGCGGGCACCAGCGGUGGCGAGCUGGAGGAGGAGAGCUGGCAGCCUCCAGACCCAGAGCUCAUCCAGAAGCUGGUGGCGCAGAUCGAAUAUUACCUGUCGGAUGAAAACCUGGAGCACGACGCCUUCCUGCUGAAACACGUGCGCAGGAACAAACUGGGCUUCGUCAGUGUCAAACUGCUCACGUCCUUCAAGAAGGUCAAGCACUUGACGCGGGACUGGAGAACCACGGCGUAUGCCUUACGCCACUCCAACCUGCUGGAGCUGAACGAUGAGGGCCGGAAGGUGCGCCGCAGGUCGACCGUGCCAGUUUUCGCCAGUGAAUCUCUGCCGAGCCGCAUGCUUCUACUGAGCGAACUGAAGCGCUGGCCGGAGCUGGGCAUCGCCCUCGGCGGAGAUUCCAACAACGGAAGUGGUCCGACCCAGCAGGAGCGCCUCAUGGAGCUGCUUCUGAAGGCCUUUGGAAACUACGGCCCGAUCGCCUCCGUGCGAGUUCUCAAACCAGGGAAGGAUUUACCAGCCGAUCUGAAGAAACUCAGCGGGCGCUACUCGCAGCUAGGCACAGAAGAAUGCGCAAUUGUAGAGUUCGAAGAAGUAGAAGCAGCAAUGAAAGCCCAUGAGGCGGUCGGCGGAGAGGGAGGAAAUCGAGGACCGCUAGGAUUGAAAGUGGUGCUAAUCGGCACCAAGCCACCGAAGAAAAAAGUUCCUAAAGAUCGGCCGAGAGAUGAAGGAAUCGGCGGCAUGCGUAAGAGUCGCUCCCUGAAUAGCCGCGUACGAGAGUUGCAGUAUCACGGAGACGACUCAGCCGCAAGUUCAUCAGAAACCGAAAGCAAUCCGACAUCUCCACGAUUAGCUCGAAAGUCACGCUCAUGCAACAAGCUCAGUCCGACAAGUGCAGGCCCGAACCAUCUCAGCCCGGUGGUUUCACCUAGGUCCAGUCCGUGGAGCAGCCCACGCGCUAGUCCAUGCACCCAGCGCAAAACACAUCCAUCGGGGAAGUCUCCGCUGGCUAGCGAGGGUCGCUUGAGUCCUGAGCCAGGACGCCGUUGGGCAGACUAUUCCUCAGACAGUAGCCUGACCCCGUCGGGAAGCCCUUGGGUCCAGAGGCGCAAGCAGGUCGCUAGUCAGGAGAGCAGCCCGGUGGGAAGCCCAAUGCUAGCCCGGAAGAUCCAGAACGCAGACGGGCUUCCUCCGGGUGUGGUGCGGCUUCCGAGAGGACCGGACGGCACACGAGGCUUUCACUGUCCUCCGCUCGGCAAAACUGCGUCCACACAGACCUGUCUAUAAAGAUCUUCUGUCGCCCCAAACACUCUGAACGCAGUCAUGACCAUCUCCUGUCCUUUUGUAAAACCUUUUUUCUAUAUGCUAUUUUUGUUAACGUUUUAUACAUCUUAAUUUGACUGAAUGAUGGCAUCGCCGCAUGGGGAAGCAGGCGGGAAACAUAUUUAAGUUUUAACCAUCACCGUUGUAUAGAUGCACGUUUUGUAAAGACCUUCUGAAGGGGUUGCCCUGGUGUCUGACUCUCAUGUUGUACAUGUAUUGUGUGUGUGUGUGGGUCGUCGUUCAGGCAUUCUGUUGGGAUCUCAGUGACACCGUAUGCCUUUCUGAAGACCCCUAAUCUCGGGAAUCCCUUCGGUUUUAUUUGAUUUGAUUUCUGUUGUCCUUUAAUAUGCUUCUCAUUUUAGCGGUUUUCGGAUCAGCUGGGAUCUGCUUUCUUUUGUCUUUGGUUCGAGUCCUCUCCGCUUCCUCUCCGCACAGUGAAAGAGUGUUUGAGGUUUCUGUCCUGAGCACAAACGCCUCGUAUUCUUGCCUUCAUCUGAAUUAAGGCGCUGCGCAGUCUGCUUCCUUACUGUACAAAUAAAUCACUUCAAUCGCA